AUGUGUCCAAGUGAAUCAUUUUAUGGCGGACUGAUUGGUGUCAAGGGAUCGACCAAGCGUCGCAUCGAGGAAGAAACCCCAUCGGAAAUUUACAUUCCACGUCAGCACGAGGCGUCAUCGAAUGUGACGAUCAAGGCCAAGGAGCGCAGCCAGGUGUGUGCUGCCUUGCGCCAGAUCCGCUCACUUGUUGGCUCGCUGCGCAGGAAGAUGCGUCCAACGCAUUUUCUUGCUGUUCCAUUGAACUUUGGCGAAGUGCAGAAUCGCUUCUUGGAGCUUAAGACAAGCAUUUUGGAGGCUCAGCUCCCAGGCAUCGAUAAGGAACUCUUCACUCCCGAGAUCCCGAGAUCCCACCUAACUUUGGGUGUCUAUGUGCUGCUGGAUGACGACGAGCGUAAGAAAGCAUUGGAGGAGCUCGAGUCCUGUCGCUCCAUGCUGGCAGAUCUAGCUACUCCAUUCGAGAUGAAAGUAAAGGGUCUGGAGAUCAUGAAUGAUGAUCCAAGCUCCAUUCGCAUUCUUUAA